AUUUCCGUCAAAUUUUCAAUAUUCACAAAAGCUUGUGUGCAAACAUAACUGGGAAUAUAAACAUUAAGCAAAAUAAACCUUUUUGGUUUCCAGGUUCUGAUACUGAAAUAUACUGCAAAAAGAUAGACUACGCGUAUCGGAGGAGCUGCAUUUAAGAAAGCGUCGAAAACAGGAUGGUAUCGUGUGUAUUUUUUUUUUUGAAAUCUAGCGUCAAAAAUAGACCCGAAAUUUUAGCGUGAAGAUAGACAAACACACUAAUAAUAUUGGUUGAAAUAAUACCACUAUAUAUUGAUAUUCGAAAGCAAGACGAAGUGAAAGCAUUGCGAAAAAGUUCAAAUAACACAUUUCUAUUAUUAUUUCCGACACUGUAUGUCAAAGUUGGGUCAAUCAAAUUUCUGAUUUUCCUUCUAAUCAAGAGCGCACAUCUACGCAUACCAGAGAGGCUGAAGCUGUGUUUGUGUACUAAGCAAACGGCAGCUCUUGAACACGACCACCCUAAUGGCGCUCAAAACACCGCCGAAUUGCGAGCGCAGUAAAGCUUUUUACGCGACACUUAAGUCAUCAGCAAUAUCACUCCAUGGCAGCGAACGCAUUCAGUUGUUCGAAAAACUAUUCAUCAAUCAGAUCGCUAUCGCCUGCGGAUACGGACGCACAACAAAAGUGCCGCUAACGCAUAAUCAAAACAAAAUUUCAGUUGUAAAACAAAAUUUGCGUACAAGUGAUAUAAGAAUACAAAAAACGAUGCAUAAUCCCGACUAUGUGCCGGCGACGAACAGUUGCAAUGCGACUACGAGCAUUUGCGGUGGACACGUGCCGCUUCCAACAGCGCCGCGGCCGGAAUUUCAUCCGGUCUUUGUGCGUUUCUCCAGCAAACAGCAGCCGCCCGAACAGCGUAAGUUGGCUGAGCUUUUCAAGCAAAAAGUCGCCGCCAAAGAGUUCUUCUAUGGCAUCGAGCUGACGGCUCGUUCUUAUGGCAAGCAACCAUCACUGCUGGACUACAAUGGUUUUGACGUGCUGCUGCCGCUCUUCACAUCGCUCGUGUGGUUGGGUCGGGACUAUGCGAACGUUGAGGAUGUCAACGCGAUUGAGGCAAUCAGUUUGGGCCGCCUGCUACAACAACAUGUGGUGGUGUUGCCACAUUUCACUUGCUAUCGCGCCGACUCCCGGCGCCUCGACGACUUUUUAACACUGAACUUCACGAAUGUUUUGGUGCUGCGCGGCGAUGAUGUGGUGCCACAACAACAAUUUCAGCAUGCAAAAGACAUGGUCGAGUAUAUACACAGUAAACGCGGCGAUACAAUAUCUAUAGGCGUUGGCGGAUAUCCUGAAGGACAUCCGGAAUCUAAGUCAAUGGAGGAAGAUAUGAAGUACCUCAAAGAGAAGGUGGAUGCCGGCGCCGACUUCAUCGUAACGCAAAUUUGCUUCACGCCGGAGUCCAUUAUAAGCUUUGUGCAGAAAUGCCGCGAAAUCGGUAUUACGGUGCCGAUCAUUGUCGGCGUUAUUGUGCCGGAUAACAUGCGGAUCUUGCAUUUCAUAAUGAACAUCGUGAAGGCGGUGAUUCCCGAAGAGCAGUUGAGUAAAUAUAAAGAACUGGAAGAAGACCGCAAGGCAUUUAAGGCGUAUGCGGUGGAGAAUGCGGUGCGCACGGUGCAAAUAUUGUUGGAUAGUAAUUUGGAUGUUUAUGGAUUUCAAUUUUUCACCAUGAAUCGCUUGAAGAGUGUUCAGCAAGUGAUACAGCAAAUUUUAAAUAUGAAUCAGACACAAAGUACUUAACUAAUUUAAGUUAUUUGUAUUAACAGAUUUCAAACAAUUUUUAAUAAGACUGUAAAUAGUAAAUUAUAGUGAAUAUAGAAAUUUGUAUAUAAACAUUGUAAAGUUCCUUGAACUAGUGCUAAACUAAACACUAAACAUGAGAAGUGGCUAAUUCUUACUAACAUAUUUAAGUAUGGUAAACCAGUUUGUAAUCCAGAAAGUACCAGGUAAUUGUAAAUAAAACGCAAAAUAUUUAAUUAUUCAUCAAUAUUAA